AUGGCGUUAAAAUCUAAACCGGUGCUAUUCAGCUGGCUGUCGCGAUUAUCUGCCCGUAGUUUCUCAGUAUCUUCAUCGUUGGCUGCUAAACCUAUGACAGUACGUGAUGCCUUGAAUAGUGCUAUGGACGAAGAGAUGACCAGAGACGACAAGGUUUUCAUUCUGGGUGAAGAAGUUGCUUUAUAUGAUGGAGCAUAUAAAAUAACAAGAGGUCUGUUGAAGAAGUAUGGAGAUAAACGAGUCAUCGACACUCCAAUCACUGAAUCAGGAUUCACUGGCAUGGCAAUUGGUGCAGCCAUGGCAGGCCUUCGACCCAUCUGUGAAUUCAUGACCUGGAACUUCUCUAUGCAGGCUAUUGAUCAAAUAAUCAAUUCAGCAGCCAAGACUUACUACAUGUCAGCUGGCACGGUAAGCUGUCCCAUAGUGUUUCGAGGCACUAACGGUGCGGCUGCCGGAACCGCAGCACAACACUCGCAGUGUUUCGCCGCCUGGUACAGUCACUGUCCUGGCCUCAAAGUGGUUAUGCCAUAUUCAUCAGAAGAUGCUCGAGGACUUCUUAAAGCUGCCAUUAGGGACCCCGACCCGGUAGUAGUGCUUGAAAAUGAAAUUCUCUAUGGUGUUGCAUUCCCCGUGGGCGACGAAGUACUCGACAAGGACUUUUUAUUACCUAUUGGUAAGGCGAAGAUCGAGCGGAGCGGGUCGCACGUGACGCUGGCGUGCGCCGGCCGCGGCACCGAGGCCGCGCUCGGCGCCGCCAAGGAGCUCGCCGGGAAAGGUAUCGAGUGCGAAGUUAUAAAUCUGAGGACCAUCAGGCCGAUGGAUUUUGAAACGAUAGCACAAUCUAUAAGCAAAACCCAUCACCUCGUGACUGUGGAACAAGGCUGGCCACAAAGCGGCGUGGGGGCGGAGAUCUGCGCGCGCGUGAUGGAGUCCCCGUCGUUCUUCGAGCUGGACGCGCCGGCGUGGCGCGUGACGGGCGCGGACGUGCCGAUGCCGUACGCCACCAAGCUCGAGGAGGCCGCGCUGCCGCAGGUGCCCGACGUCGUGGCCGCCGUUAGCGCCGUGCUCGCCAACAAGUGCCCGACGUCGUGGCCGCCGUUAGCGCCGUGCUCGCCAACAAGUAACCGCCCCCCUCUGUCCCCCCCGGCCCACUACAACACUGCCAAGCUCGAGGAGGCCGCGCUGCCGCAGGUGCCCGACGUCGUGGCCGCCGUUAGCGCCGUGCUCGCCAACAAGUGCCCGACGUCGUGGCCGCCGUUAGCGCCGUGCUCGCCAACAAGUAACCGCCCCCCUCUGUCCCCCCCGGCCCACUACAACACUGCCAAGCUCGAGGAGGCCGCGCUGCCGCAGGUGCCCGACGUCGUGGCCGCCGUUAGCGCCGUGCUCGCCAACAAGUGCCCGACGUCGUGGCCGCCGUUAGCGCCGUGCUCGCCAACAAGUAACCGCCCCCCUCUGUCCCCCCCGGCCCACUACAACACUGCCAAGCUCGAGGAGGCCGCGCUGCCGCAGGUGCCCGACGUCGUGGCCGCCGUUAGCGCCGUGCUCGCCAACAAGUGCCCGACGUCGUGGCCGCCGUUAGCGCCGUGCUCGCCAACAAGUAACCGCCCCCCUCUGUCCCCCCCGGCCCACUACAACACUGCCAAGCUCGAGGAGGCCGCGCUGCCGCAGGUGCCCGACGUCGUGGCCGCCGUUAGCGCCGUGCUCGCCAACAAGUGCCCGACGUCGUGGCCGCCGUUAGCGCCGUGCUCGCCAACAAGUAACCGCCCCCCUCUGUCCCCCCCGGCCCACUACAACACUGCCAAGCUCGAGGAGGCCGCGCUGCCGCAGGUGCCCGACGUCGUGGCCGCCGUUAGCGCCGUGCUCGCCAACAAGUGCCCGACGUCGUGGCCGCCGUUAGCGCCGUGCUCGCCAACAAGUAACCGCCCCCCUCUGUCCCCCCCGGCCCACUACAACACUGCCAAGCUCGAGGAGGCCGCGCUGCCGCAGGUGCCCGACGUCGUGGCCGCCGUUAGCGCCGUGCUCGCCAACAAGUGCCCGACGUCGUGGCCGCCGUUAGCGCCGUGCUCGCCAACAAGUAACCGCCCCCCUCUGUCCCCCCCGGCCCACUACAACACUGCCAAGCUCGAGGAGGCCGCGCUGCCGCAGGUGCCCGACGUCGUGGCCGCCGUUAGCGCCGUGCUCGCCAACAAGUGCCCGACGUCGUGGCCGCCGUUAGCGCCGUGCUCGCCAACAAGUAACCGCCCCCCUCUGUCCCCCCCGGCCCACUACAACACUGCCAAGCUCGAGGAGGCCGCGCUGCCGCAGGUGCCCGACGUCGUGGCCGCCGUUAGCGCCGUGCUCGCCAACAAGUGCCCGACGUCGUGGCCGCCGUUAGCGCCGUGCUCGCCAACAAGUAACCGCCCCCCUCUGUCCCCCCCGGCCCACUACAACACUGCCAAGCUCGAGGAGGCCGCGCUGCCGCAGGUGCCCGACGUCGUGGCCGCCGUUAGCGCCGUGCUCGCCAACAAGUGCCCGACGUCGUGGCCGCCGUUAGCGCCGUGCUCGCCAACAAGUAACCGCCCCCCUCUGUCCCCCCCGGCCCACUACAACACUGCCAAGCUCGAGGAGGCCGCGCUGCCGCAGGUGCCCGACGUCGUGGCCGCCGUUAGCGCCGUGCUCGCCAACAAGUGCCCGACGUCGUGGCCGCCGUUAGCGCCGUGCUCGCCAACAAGUAACCGCCCCCCUCUGUCCCCCCCGGCCCACUACAACACUGCCAAGCUCGAGGAGGCCGCGCUGCCGCAGGUGCCCGACGUCGUGGCCGCCGUUAGCGCCGUGCUCGCCAACAAGUGCCCGACGUCGUGGCCGCCGUUAGCGCCGUGCUCGCCAACAAGUAACCGCCCCCCUCUGUCCCCCCCGGCCCACUACAACACUGCCAAGCUCGAGGAGGCCGCGCUGCCGCAGGUGCCCGACGUCGUGGCCGCCGUUAGCGCCGUGCUCGCCAACAAGUGCCCGACGUCGUGGCCGCCGUUAGCGCCGUGCUCGCCAACAAGUAACCGCCCCCCUCUGUCCCCCCCGGCCCACUACAACACUGCCAAGCUCGAGGAGGCCGCGCUGCCGCAGGUGCCCGACGUCGUGGCCGCCGUUAGCGCCGUGCUCGCCAACAAGUAA